AUGUACUGGAUAGAGGAUGGGGUCACCCUCGCGAUCGUGGUCAGUGCCGCCAGCAUGGUCCUGGCAAGCGGACUUACAAUAGUCUUCGUAUUGACAAGGCGUGGAUGGAGGCCGACGACAUCGACGUCUCGAGACCUUCCCGACCUGAGGAGGCUGGUCGAUGAGCUUCCGGUCGGCCAUGGUGACGGAGAGUUGACGUGUGCGAUUUGUUUGGAUCAGCUGGAGCCGCAUGAGCAGGUGAAGCAGCUACCAUGCCAGCAUUGCUAUCACAAAGAGUGCCUGUAUAGAUGGGGCACAUCUCGUGUUUGCAGCGGCCGAGGUUCGGCCCCUGCAAAGCUCUCCUGUCCGCUUUGCAAGGAGGAUUGCGCGAUCCACGUUGCGCAGAACGGUUGA